UGCAUUGUGCAUCGUAGCUUCACCCCCGUAUAUUCCCGUUGUACGAGAUAACUGCUUAACAAAUUGAUAAUUGCAAUAAAACGUAUAUAUAUGGAUAUAUAGAGUGCUAGUAAAACCAUUGGUGCUAUUAAAAAGUGUGAUUUGCAAAGUGGUUGUAAAAUGAGCUAACUUCUAAAGUCGAAGAAGAACUCGAAUACCGAAGUCAACACAACAAAAUCAUGUCCCAGAAUGAUUCCGAUGACGUACGCAGCACUGCCCAGCUCUUCCUCACAAAUGCUCGGCAACCUGGCAAUCCAUAUCACAUGCCAUACGAUAUGGUAGCGCGACCGCAUUCCAUUAAUUUGUUUACCGAGGAGUUCUUGGGCGGCUACAUGCAGGAUGGACGCAUGUCAGUGGUGCGACGCUUCUUCUGUCUCUUUGUCACCUUCGACUUAGUGUUUGUAUCGCUGCUCUGGCUAAUUUGCAUAGUUAUCGGUGGCGACAAUAUAUUCCAGGCCUUUCAGAAGCAAGUGGUUCAGUAUACCAUAUAUACAUCACUUUUUGAUGUGGUUGCCACGGCGCUGUGCCGCUUCGUAGUCUUAAUAUUCUUCUAUGCAAUGUUAUACAUAAAUCAUUGGUCCAUCAUUGCGCUAUCCACAAGCGCUUCUUGCAUGUUUCUCAUCACCAAAGUAUUCUUCUACGAUUGGGUGCACUCCAAACAGCAAGUAUUUGAAGUGAUACUCAUCAUCACAUCCUUCAUUCUGGCUUGGGGUGAGGCUUGGUUCCUUGACUGUCGCGUAAUACCACAGGAACGACAUGCGCGUCGUUAUUUCACCGCGGCCACCACAAACGAUCGCACUCCAUUCACGCAGCCAACGAUUUUGACUGAACGCGAACGUCCACCGCAAAGCGUUACUGAUUUCUAUUCACCCUUGGAUACGGCGCAUCACUCGGACGAGGAGGAUGAACAGGACGAGGAGUACAAUCAAAUGGGUCUGGAUUGCCUGCGCAAGGCGUAUGAGCUCAUUGAGUCCACCGAUUGGAAAGUGGAGAAAGUAACGCCCAAGGGCGACACCAUUCACAGCACGCAACGCGAAAAAAUUGGCAAAAUCUACAAAUUGACGGCACGUCUCAAAUAUCCUGCCAAGGCGCUGAUGGAGGAGCUGUUCUACCGCAUUGAGGAUGUGCCCAAGUGGAAUCCAUCAUUGUUAGAGUCCAAGAUAGUGCGCAAAAUCAAUUCGUACACCGAUAUAACUUAUCAGGUGUCCGUUGGCGGUGGCGGUGGCAUGGUGAAGAGCCGCGAUUUUGUUAAUCUCCGCUGCUGUCGUCUAAUGUACAAUGGAAAAAUCUGUGAUGAUGACGAGGUCGCCGCACUUUGCAGCGAUGACGACGAAGACAAUAACUCUCUAAGCCGUUCUUGCGAAGGAAGCGUGAGCACUCUAUCGGACACUGAGUCGCACACUCCACAAACUGGAAGCGUUACUAGCACUCGAAGUCGCUUUCUUGGCGGCUUCAGUCAGCCAUCAGUUGCAGGAGAAUCUGUUGGCGGCAGAGCGGCAACAGCGCCCACAACUCCAUACGAGACAUUAAGCAAAAGUCUGGGCGCUAAAGGAAUGGGUGCUGUAAUAAAUUUCAAUGUUGAGCCACCGCCACUAGAUGAUUCAUUUGAGGAUGCCAAGGAUAGCGUGGAUGAUGUGCCAAUCGCAGCAACUAAGGACACACUUACGUUGGCAACAGCGGACACUGCUGCAGUGGGCAAGACCAAGAACAAAGUGUGGAUGAGCUCAGCAAUUAGCGUUGAAUAUGCCGCAGUGCCAGCCACAACGAAGUACACAAGAGGCGAGAACAUUGUGUCCGGCUUUGCGUUCCGCGAGAUCAUUGGCAAGUCGGAUAGUUGCAUACUGGAGUGGGUGCUAUGUCUGGAUCUGAAGGGUUAUAUACCGCGCUAUGUGCUGGAUGCAGCACUCACCUCGUCCAUGGUGGACUACAUGACAUACCUGCGCAAGCACAUCAAUGAGAUGCGACAGCGUCGGCGGCGUUGACUGAGCAGAGUUCUAUUGUACAUACUAUAUUCUAUUGUAGUAGUAAUAGCUCGUGCAGCCUAUUCAAAUUGUAUUCUAUUAACUAAAGCGAACGCUACAGCUAAAACUAAAACUAUAUUUAUAUGUAUAGUUAUGUAUGUAUCUCAAGCAUGUGCAAGCAUUAUAUAUGUAUGUAUAUUGAUGUAGAAAAAAAGUUAGAGAUUGAGGAUCAAGUGCAUUGCUCUAAGUUUAUUGAGUAUGUAUUCUAUAUAAGUUGAUAGGAACGACUUA